CUGUCGGUACGAAUAUUUCCGGUAACAGCCCUCUGCGGCGCGAUUUUCCGUGCGGCGCGCCAUGCCCCCUCGGUGAAAUAGACCAUGCUUCCCAGGCGCGUCUGGGGUAUUUGACCUGGGGCUUUAUUGCUUUCGCGGGGCAAGUGUCACGGCAAGUGUGAUAUCCCUUUCUUCCGGUGAUGUUUUGCAGGCGUUCGGGCUGAUGAGAGAGGCCUUUCGGCUGCUCGUCUCGAACAAUAUGGGUCUCGGUAUUGACCGGGUGACUCGAGCAGGUUCAAAGGCUUGGGUCCCUCUCGUUAUGCUCCGCUGCGCAGUCUUGCUUACCCUUUUGGCAGUGAUACCUACCCCUUCACGCGUCGUGUCCGAUUCUACAGCUCGGCGUCUAGUGGACGUUCGGGACGUUCCCCGCCCCCUCUGACUUCAUCGUUACCUCCCCAUCAUCCGCUCCCUGCACCCUUUCUUCUACGGUCAUCAUCGCCUCGCUUGCUGCGAGCCCGUUCUUGUCAAUGUCAUCCAUCACUCGCGCUCCAAGAAGCGUGCCCCC